AUGGCUGGUGGAAAAGGCCUUUUGCGGAUCGCUUGCUCAGGGCCGAACGAGGAUUUGGCGACACAUCAGGCCAUGCAGUGUGUGCAGAAAGCUGCCAUGACUGUGACUAUUGAGGGUGGACGCGCCGAGGAGACGAUUCAGUUGGAAAACAAGGUUUCUGACGUUGUUGCUGAAGACCAGGCUCCUGGCGCUAUUGCUAAAGACGUCGCUCCUUCAAAGGGACUGCCACAGCCCCAAGCCGAGCCGGGGUGCAAAAGCAGGGCUGCUCCGAAGCUCGCUUCUCAAAAUCCAUAUGCACCAUAUUAUCGGGCUAUCGGAGGUGUCAAAGUCGUCUUAUUUGUGCUGGUGACGCUGGCCGUGUCGACGGCACUAGAAUAUACUCGAAGCGAUGGCUGCAACACUGGAUAG